AUGUUGCCCGUAGAUACUAUUCUUAAAGUGAUACAAUCAGUUGAAGUUCCAUCUGAAGUAUGGCUUGAUUGUCUCCUCAAUGCACUUUCGUCUGAAUCGGAUAAUAAUAAUCAUCAUCCAAUAUCCUUCAAUUUCGCACCAGUAAUCAUUUCGAACGCAGCCAUGACUGUAGACUUGACACCAUCGACAUUAUUCAAUUCGACUUCAUCCACACAGCAACCUCCAUCGAACAAUCAAAACAAUAGUAUGGUGGGUCAGCCGUCACUUGAUGAUAGCCAUGUGACUCAUCAACUCCUUUCAUGUGAAUCAUGGUCUACCACGUCAAUGACACCGAUUUUUCCAGCUGCAGUUGAAGAAGAGUCACCAGUUGAUUAUAAAAACUCUCUAAGUGAAAAACUCGAUGAAUUGUCUCAACUAGAGUGGAACCCUUCUGCAGUUCAAUCACUCGAGCGCAUGUUCAAUAGUUCACAAGUAAAAAAUAAUAUCUCAGCAUCGAAAACAGCCCUCUUCAUUGUUGAUGCCAUUGUAAUUAAUAAAAUAUCACAUCCAUUUCAUGUCAAACGGAUUGUCAACACAAUUAGUAUGUACCCAGAAAGUCAAUGGAUGGACGAAAUAAAUAGAAUUAUUGGCGAACAAGAUAAAGCUAAAUCAGUUCCACUACUUCUUCAAGAAUUAGCUCGAGAAAAUGCAUCUUUGAAUAUAACCGAAUUGAAAAAACAGUUUCGAACGGUGAUGAAACAUUAUGAAACACAAACGUCUCGAUGGAAGUCUUCAGAUAUUCGACAAUUUCACAUGACCAACGAUGAACUUCAUACAAUUGCUGUCAUUGUUCAAGCGGCACAUCUUCACAAACAAUAUUGUCCAAGAGAUAUUCAAAUUUUAUCUCUUCUUCUUCUAAUUAAAAAACAGUGUAAAAGUCAAGGACGAUUAGCACAAAUACGUACUGGCGAAGGCAAAUCCAUUAUUGUGGCCAUGUUGGCUGUUUAUCUUUCACUUCCCCCAUUGAACAAACGUGUCGAUAUAAUAACCACUUCAGAAAUUCUUGCUCGACGUGAUGCUGAGGAAUUCGCCCCUUUCUAUCAAAUGUUUGAUCUCACGGUUGGACACAAUUGUUAUGAUCCUCCUGAAACUCCAAACUACAAUGUUCACAUCGUCUACGGAACGGUUAAUCAUUUUGCUGGUGAUCUACUACGUACUGAAUUUUAUUUGCAAAGCGAAGUACGUGCUCACAGACCUUAUGAAGCGGCAAUUGUCGAUGAAGUCGAUAGUAUGUUUAUCGAUCAACAUCAACAUUACACACAAUUAGCAUCCCUUACACCAGGGUACAAAUCAUUAAAUGUUAUCUUGCGAUUUAUCUUCACAUUCUUCCAAAAGUUCAAUAUUACUGAAGAGAAUGAAUUUGUCAUUCGGCAACCACAUGGAUAUGUGAAAAUCGACGCUCUAACUUUUAUUCGAGACAAAUUGAAUAAUAAUGAACUUAUUCAUUUUCCAGCAUAUCGUCAAUCCUAUAUCAAUACUAAAUUACCGAAAUGGAUAAAGGGUGCAAGACGGGCACUCUAUGAUUUAGAACAGGAUGUUGACUAUGUCAUUAGUAAAGAUGGACAAAUAAUAGUGGUAGAUUAUGUCAAUACAGGCGUGUCCCAUUUGAAUAUGAAUUGGAGUGAUGGCGUUCAUCAAUUUCUUCAGUUAAAACACAAUUUACGCAUGACACCUGAACGCAUCUGCGAUUCAUUCAUUUCUAAUGUUACUCUUUUCAAACGAUAUCAACCACAUAUAUACGGUGUAACGGGAACAUUGGGUGGUAAAGAUGCACGAAAUUUUAUCCAAUCGGUCUAUCAGAUCGAUACUGUCAUUGUGCCCAAAUAUGUUGAUAGUGCUUUUGAUAUCUAUCCAAGUCAAUUCGGUCGAGAUCGUAAACAUUGGUUGGAUAAAAUUCGAGUCGAAUGUGAUGAAAUAGCUAUUAAGAAUCGUCGAGCUGUUUUGAUUAUUUGUCAAACCAUUCAGGAUGCUGAUGAUAUUCAGUUAUCCUUACAUUCUCAACAUCCUCACUUGAACCUGUAUCUUCGCAGUGAUCUAGCCGAGCAUCAUAAACCAGAGCUAGUUCAUUCAAGUGAAGUAAUCGUGGCCACGAAUCUAGCUGGACGAGGUACCGAUCUGAAAACAACGACAGAAAUCGAUAACCGAGGUGGUCUACAUGUAAUCGUGACGUUUAUGCCAAAAAAUUCACGUAUUGAGCAGCAAGCAUUUGGACGAGCUGGAAGACAAGGACAACCGGGUUCGGCUCGAUUGAUUGUCUAUAAUAAAAAAUCCGUGACAACUUUGCAUAAGAUCGAUGACGUUGAAAUAAUCAAUAGAUGGAAACAAGUUCGGGAUCAACAAGAAACAAGUGAGAUGGCCAUGGCUAUAGAAGAAGUGAAGCGUAUUGAAGCGAAAGAUUGUCUUAUCGUUCGUUUUCUUGAUCUUGCUCAUUCGAAAAAAAAUGAUCUUCCAUUUACCAAUGACGCAUUCAAGCCAGGUUUCAGUUCAUUUCGUGAACUGUGGGCUUCAUUUUGUGAUGAAAACGAAAACACAGUCGAACAGUGUUUUCCGAGAUUUGCUACAGACAUACAGCAGCGACUCGAAGCCUCAAUCACCAUCUUGAAACGCAACGUAGUAUUUGAAAACGACAGAUCAUUGUUCACUAUGCCACAAGAUCUGAAACAAUCUCGAGCUCAAUACCUAGCUGAUCUUCAAUGUGAAGCAGUCAGUCAAUUGAUUGCUCAUCCAAAAUAUUUUAUUUAUGCCGGUUUUCAUGCCAUGUGUAUGAAUGAACUAAGCGAUAAAAGGAAAAGAGCAUUGAAAUUAUAUGAACGCGCAAUAGAAUUAGAUGAUCAAGAUUUUAUUGCUCAUUACAACACAAUACCGUGUUAUAUUGCAAAUAGCCAAUCAUCAAUCGAUCGAGUUAUACAAGAAUUGGAUGAGACACUUCGCUUACUUCAUCGGGAGAUUGAAACACGCAAACUUAUUCAGGUUUUUCAUGAUCCACCAAUGUCACAGGAUAUUAAAACAGAAACAAAAGGCCUUGUCGAUCGAACAAUUCUUACCGAAUUGAUCUAUCUUGAAAUCGUUCAAGCAAAUUUGAAAAGUAGUCGAGAACAAUUGACACAAUUCAACGAGGAUAAACAUGAAAUACAGUGUCGUUUCGAGCAUUGGCCAGAGACAUUAGUCUGUUUACAAGGAACAAAAUUUGAACCAUUAACAAACGAUAUUAAUGCUGAAAGAGAAGAAUGGCUGGCCGAAGGAUUAAUGUGGCGGUAUGUGUUUAUCAUUGAACAGAAACGAUGUUGGUGGAAAACUGUUUUCGUGUUUGUCAUGGGAGUCGCACAGAUUGUUGGUGGAGCAUUCUUAUGUGCUGUAGGACAUUAUCGACUAGGUACAUCGAUGAUUCUUGAUGGAUUGAGCGAUGUUUAUAGAGCUGUUGUGACAAAAAUUACAUCUGAUUUUGAUCUAGCAGAUUAUUUUGAAUCGACAGUGAUCAAAUAUAGUAAAGAUCUGUUAUGUGUUGGAGUAUCCCUGCUAAAAUCUCUUGAGCCGAUCGCUUUGUUACAAGACAUUAAAAUGGUUGGUAUCACUAUCGAUGCUACUCACCAAGUGACCACUAAUGAAUUCUCGGUAGAAACUGUGACGCAAAUUGCUAUGGAAGGGUUGGAUAUUGCUGGAGUCAAUCAAAAUAUCAUUAGUUUUGCUAAACAACUACCCGAAUGGAUAAAAGAAGCGCAAGCAUUGCUCAGUAGUGAUCUGGAACAAAUGUUGAGACGAGGCACGUCAGUCUAUGUUGAUCGAUUCAUGAGCUUAUUCAAUGAAAAAUCACUGUUCAGCGAUAAAGAACAGGAAAUGUUCGAUCUUUUUCAUUAUCAAGUGCCUGCUGGCCAACAUAUAAUUAGUGACAAUGACCAAAACAUUUUUUCACAUGCUCUUAAUACUAUGAAUGAACAUGUUAAUAAAUUACCACUCACCGAUAUAUUGGGUGUAGUGCUACAAAAUGCUUUUGAACGUGUUGUUAAACAUGAACAAACCGAAAUUCGUGAUCUUUUCACAACAACUAUUAAACAGCUCAAUUCAAAUGGAGGUUUCGACAAUCAAACACAUAAACUCAUAACUAAUAUUCUUCAAUCGUCUGACAAAUUUUCUAUUUUUGAAAACACGAAACACCAAUUAAAUGCUGAUGUUUGUCGAUUGCUUGGUCCAGUUAUUGAACGAGAAAAUCAAUUUAAGAAUGAGAUUAAUUGUUUGAAGAAUAAUCAUCAAGUGAUCGAAGAUUAUCGCCGAGCUUUCGAUGUUCUUAAUGUUACCUUUGGUACAGCUUCAGCACAGCAAGCUAAUUUGCAAAAGAUCAUUGAGCAGCAAUCAAACUCAGGCGGUAGACUGUUAAACAGAGCAAUGAAAUAUUUCAUUAGUGAAGUAACCAAACAAGAGCAUGGAAUAACAAGUACAAAAGCAAUGAAGCUACUUGAAGAGUAUCUCGUCCAAAACGUCAUACGACCCCGUCUAGAAAAUGAAUGUGAACGACAAAUGGAUGAAAAUGACAUUAAACUUGCCGAUAAUUUUACCGAAGCAUUCAUCUAUGUACAGAAACAACAAGAAAAACUUCGACAGCAGUGA